AUGUCAAGCUCAUUAGUAACACAAUUACAAGAUAUUGCCUCCGGGAGUGCCUUAAAAGGCAACCUAUUUCAUUUACAGAAAACUCGAGCAUCGUAUUUAUUUGAUCCAAAACAGGCAGCCGAAUAUGAUUUGAACGCAAUUCAUUCAAUUGGAGUUUCUGGUUUAGAGGAACUAAAGAUAAUUGAUAAAGUGUUUGUAGACUUUGAAAACACGAUUUUUUCCGAGUCUAUGAAGACUGUUGAUCGAACUCUUCAAACAAAAGAAGACAACGAAAGACUUGAUAAAAGCAUUGGCCAUUUUCUAAGUUUAUUGUCUCCUUAUUUUUUAAUAAAACCGGCUGGGAAAGCCCUUGAAUGGCUAAUUCGUCGGUUUAGAAUUAACGAAUUCAAUGUGAACGACAUAUUAGCGUGUAUAUUACCAUAUCAUGAAACAUAUUCCUUUGUGACAAUGGUUUCGAUUCUACAUCUAAAUACAAAUGAUCAAUGGUCAUUUCUUCAACAAAUACAACAAAAACGACAACCGCUUGACCGCGCGAGUCUUAUAAAAAUGUGCAUCAAAGACACCGCGAUGCUUCAAUUCAUCUGUGAAAUCGCGGUGAAUUCCAAGCAUACUUUCAAAACCCUCAUAUCGUUUUACGUGGCAGUUAUCAUCCAUUAUAUCCAAAAUAUUCCGAAACUCACUGAUAAUAAUUUAGCGGUUUUGUUGCCGUAUAUUAUGGAUAGCUGCAAAAAAAAUAAAUCAACGGAUUUAAGGAUCGGAACUUUUAUGAUUAUCUGUCAAAUUACAAACAAGGCAGAACUUUCAUCUGAUACAGUAUCAGGACUGAUACUACGGAUUCUAAAAAGUAAUCCUCAGAUAGAGUUACAUUCACUAUUAUGUAUUGUGCAUAUAUGUCAAACACAAGAAUCUGUUACCAAAUUUUCCAGCCGAAUCACGAAACGCUUCCAGAAGUUUCCAGAUUUGGAAGCACACCUGGCCAAAAUUUCGGAGAAAUAUCAAAUGGAUAGAUUUUUGAAAAUAUUCUUUACUUCUUUCAUCUCACGUUUACUGAAAAAAGAUUUCGACGCAGAUUUUUUAAUCAAAACUCUACAAAAAGUACCUAUUUCUCCAUACAUCGUCGGAAUCAUAUGUUCAUCCAUAAUGGAUUUUUAUAUCGCAGAGAAGAAAGCGCGACAUAAUCUUGAUGUCGUAAUGCUACAAAAUUUGCUUAGGCUAUUACAAGCAAAAUACUCGACUGAAUUGGGUAUUGCACUGGAAUCUAAGCUUAAGACCAUAAAUCAAAAUAAUGUUGGUGCCUCAAAAGAAAUCAACGAUGCACUAUAUAAAUUUGUGGCCGAUACUUAUAAGAAAACCGUACACGAACCAAUAUCCGAAGUAGGAACAACGCUGUUAUUGAGUGUAAAUCAUGCAGAACCUAAUAUAAGACUAGUCGCUUUCAGAAAAAUGGUAGAAAUGAUACAAAAUGAAGAUUCAGAAUUUGUAAACAAUUCAACUGAAUUUAUAAGAUCCACGCUUCUCGCACGUCUACAUGACGACAACGAAGACGUUUUCAACCUUUUAUUGACUGUGCCACAAAUUCUUAUCAAAUAUAUACCAAUUACAAAACUGCUUCAAUCUCUCAUGGAAAUUAUCGAAUCGCCAAUGUACACAAGCGAAACAAAAUCAAAAAUAUACAAUUUUCUAAUUGAACAUUAUUGGACUCUAUCCAAUCAUCCUAAAGAUGAUGAUUUUUCAGAUACAAAUAUACUUUUAAUCCUAUUAAAAAAUCUACUUGUCACCAAACAAAACAAGGAACAGAGCGCAAAGUUUCUAAAGAAAUUGGGAACAUUGCAAGAUGUGGAUCUUGUUAAUGGAGUUGAGAAAGUUGCCGAGCUGCUUGAGCAUGAUAGAAAAGGAAAAUCUAGUUCUAUUAAACAUGAUAGUCGAUUGGUUGGCGUUAAUAUUAGCAUAAUAAAGAUUUUGUCAGAUAAUUUGGCGUCUUGCCGUAAUAUUGAAAGCGGAAUUGAAGUAUAUAUGCAAGCACUACAAAGUGACUCUAUAACGCUCUGUUUCCUUACGAUACUUGUUCUCAACAGAGCUGCAUCUCUUCUCGAAGGAGAUAGAAAAUUGCGGAUUGUCACGAAAUUAUUGGCGCAUAUUUUAAAAAAUCUAAGUUCGCCCAAAAACGAAAAUGAAAAUACUCCUGAUUGCAAUUUUAUUGUGCAAGAUGGUCUUCCACCAGAAACUUUAGUUUCGGAAAUAAUCUCCAACAUUUCAUCGUCUGCCACCGAAACUAUGCUCCGAGUAUUCACUCUAAUGAAUCUUGUGUCUUCGCUCAAACCGAUAACAGGACAUAAAAUGAGUUGGUUAAAGAAACAGGAAGAGGAGAAUCGUACUAUCCUUGUAGAUCUUUUUAAAGCUAUCAUUACUGGACCGGACAUUAAUUGCACUGAUAUUAUAAUAAAGCAAUUUUUCGUCACACAUUUUUCUGAUGAUGUAAUUCAAUUUUGUUGUAAUAUUUUGAUAACAGACGAGUCUUCGGAUAUACUCAAAAUACGCAGUCUUCAGAUCGCCAAUGCUUAUAUCUGUACUUACACACGCCCCGAGACUUCGUCUCAAAUCGACUUUCAACUAAUAAUACCAUCACUGAUGACCGCACUUACUGACCCCAAUCCCGCGACUCGGAAAUCUGCGCUAUCGUGUCUAGAAUCGAUCUAUGCUGUUUAUUCAAAAGAUAAACCCAAAAACACUGAAAUCAACGGAACAAGCAAAGCUUCAAAAAAAAACGUGCAUACUUUCGGUACUACUGAUUUCUAUGGUGACGAUAAUAAAUCAGGGGAAAUCGAAGAUCUUACUAUUAGUCGUAAAGUUAUCUCCAAUUUCGUAAAGGAUCUGAUCGGUCAUCGAGAUGAGGUUUUGGGAGACCAUACUUACAUACGGAGGUUUGUCGCUAAAGAACUGAACGAGGAAAAGAACGAUAACAAACGCCUCUUAUCAUUCUUCUUGUCGCAUGUGAAAGCGUUUAGUGAAACCGUGGCUAGAAUUAAGAUUCUCGAGAUCCUUUCGUUAGUCGAUUCACAAGCAAAACUGAAAACUUUGUAUCCUCUUAUGGAGGAUACGCUAGCACUUAUUGUCAAUAAUAUACAAGAUACAGGAAAUAUGUUUAGUAUAAAGUUGAUGGAACUAUUGAUUAGAUGCUUUACAGAAAAAUCCGUUUCUUUAUUGGAUAAGGAUGAUAAAUAUUCAACUUUUUUCGUGUCUUUGUUGAAAAGUAAAGCACCAUCUGGAAAUGAAAAAGAUACGGACGGCUUGAUAAAACCUAUUGUAUAUGCUGCAUUGUCUCAAAUCAGUGGUAAAUUAUUUGCUUUUCUGACCAAUGAAAAGCAACAAGAUGUUUUCUCGUCCAUCUUGGAUUUUGCCACGAGCUCUGAUUCUUAUGAUUUUACAAAAGAAUGCAAGGAUGCUCUAAAACGCAUCUCUAUUCCCGCGAAAUUAGUUCAGAAGGAGUUAUCGGACAUUAAUAAAAAUCUUGAAGAUAUUCAAACUGCGCAUCAAAAUGAAGCUAACAACUCGAAAAAACACGCUCAAGAUCAAUUCGAGGAACCCAACACAAAGCGUGCACGUCAUGAAUAUCAGCAAGAUGAAUCACCCGAUCGAGUUUUAACCGAAUCAACUCAAGAAAAGGCAAAUACAAAAGAACUAGCACCACAAACAUCCAAACACAUUCUUCCUUUACAUCGAUUAUCAACCAUCUUAGAACUACUUCAAUGCAAGCCCAAGCCUGAUAUCGAUGAAGUCUCAUCGCUCGCUAGUUUCUUUGCAUUGUUGACUACUCUUUUCAAGUAUAAAUUAAGUGAUGAUAGUAUUUCAGUGGACUUUAUUGUCCAAUUGAUUCUCGGAAGAUUAACUGAAAUAGUUAAAAUAUCUACACGGAAAACAAACGCGCAGCUAUAUUAUCAAUUAGAUCUUAGUAUAGUUGGCGACUAUCUUUUAGAAUCUCGAAACUCACAAAUUCAGAAUCAAUGUCUCUUGUUUAUAAGUGCUGUAGCCGUGCUAGAACCUAUAUACGUACUAAAUAAAAUUAUGCCACUAUUUACCGCGUUCUUGGAAGAAACUGGGUUACAGCAGGACAACGAGUAUUCUAAUUCUAUAAUUCGUCAUACGAUGGAAUUAGUAUUGCCGGUUGUUAUCAAACAAAAAGAAAAACAAUCGAAUCGUGAAGCAGCAAGUUCUAAUCCCGCCUUAAGAGCGAAAGAAAUCCUGGGAAUAUUCGUAUACGCGAUCGAUCGUAUGCCAAGAACGAGGAGAGUUCCUAUCCUCACUACACUUAUCCAAGCACUCGGCGAAAAUGAUUUCUUAUAUGCAAUCACUGGAAUGCUACUAUCCUCUGCAUGUACUCCGCAACCUGGAAAAUUUCAAGUUCUGGAAGCUAGUUAUAUAAGUGAACUAUGUCUUACGCUUAUGGAACAAUUCUCACUGGAAUCUCAAAUACGAUCGGUUAUUCGUUUAUUUGAAGAGUUGUUAAUACUGCCAAAUAAUAUCAAACAUCGGUAUAAAAAACUAUCACCAACUCAUGGAAUCCCGAUCGAUGACUACUUGUUUCAAAUUUAUGGCCAAACCACAGCAAACAUCCUUCAUCUAAAAAAUAUUUCCGUGAAAUUUGUCAACAGUCUUUUUACCCAAGAUGAAUUUCUGAUGGGGCUUCUUGAGUGGGAAAAUGAAGAUAUGAAUUAUCAAACUCAGAUUCAGGAUUUAUUUUUGAAAUUGUCGGAAGUAAUGUUGAAGCUUUCCUUGGAUUUGGAAAGCUAUCAGAGUUCAUCGUCUGCUCUUGCUGACAUGAUUAAAGAAAUUUCUACGUCGAUCUCGGGUGUUUUGUUCACAAUUCAUGGACUUGUACCAAAUCCAUCGUUUGUCUCUAUCACUAGAGCGUUACUUAAUCAUACCGAUCUGAAGAUUCGUUCAAAAGCAAUUACGCUAUUACACGAACAUCUCAUUAAUUAUGAAUCCAACAACAACCUGAAUAAUGAACCAUCAACACAAAUCAUCGAAAUUCUAUCAGACCUCAAUUCGCUGAUUGCUACAAACAAUGAGGGCACAAACGUAGAAAAUCUUAUUUGCAAACAAAAUGCCAUGAAUUGCUUGUCCAGUUUCAUACACCGCUUUGUCAGCGGAAACGAAGAAUUGUUUACACAAUGUGUAACUCCCGUUAUAAGUGAGGCUGUCUUACAGCAUCAAAAUGUUAACUUGCGAAUUAGUAGUAUUGCUUGUUUGGCGCAUAUUUGCCAUGAAAUUGGACUCAGAAUUGUACCCUUUUUACCUCAACUCAUGCCACAGCUGUUGAAUCUAUUGCAAUCUUCGUUAAACGACCCAGGAUCAGAAAACCAUCAGCUAAAUAUGGCAAUACUUGCUACUUUCGAAGCUAUCGUCACCAACGUUCCGUCCUUCGUCGCCCCAUAUUUACCUCAGCUACUCGAAUACCUUCUUCAUCCAGCCAUGUAUCAAGAUCAAUACGAUAAAGAGCACAUUAUUGAGAUUUACGAGAAUAUAUUUACUAGUAUAUCAACAAAUAUUGAACCGCGAAUAUUACUUCCACAAUAUUUUGAUAUUUACCAAAAAGUUGUGGAAUUUGGCACGGGGAGCAUAAUAUUGCUAUUAAAAGUUCUCGAAAAGAUGGUUAUUUCGGUAAAAGGAGAGGUUCUUUUAGAUUACAGAACUGAUGUUUUCAAAUUCUUGCUGCUUCCUUUCGAUUAUCGGCGCAUGCAUAAAAAUCAUGAAUUGGAGGAGAUCCUAAAAGUCGAAGACCAAGCUAUUUCCGUUUUUUAUAACUUCCUCCUGAAAUUAAACGAGGAUUUGUUUAAACCGUUAUUUUUAUGGAUGGUUGACUGGGCUACAACAGAUCCUUCUUUGGGAACAGAUAUCGAUUAUCGACUUACUUUCCUAUUCCGACUAAUCAAUCAUCUCUUAAAAGAGAUGCAACAUAUAUUCUCGCCGUAUUACCGAUCGGUGGUGGAUAUCUGUAUCGCUAAGCUACAGGAUUAUAAAGAAGGUCGAAGGCAAUUCGACGAUUUAUGGAAUUAUAUUGUUGAUUCGUUACAAAAAUAUUUCAUGCAUGAAAAGAAUGUUUUCGAAACCACCGAAAAAUACAAAAACAUCAUGCAUCCACUUGUAGAUCAACUACUUGGCUCUGUUGACCAUGAACACCAACAUCAAGAACAAUACGAGGACAGAAUCACCCAACAUCUAAUGCCAUGUCUCGUCCAACUAGCCAAUAACCUCGAUGAUCCCGAGAAACUGGAUUUACUCCACAAACAGGUUCUUUUACAUAUGCAUCCGCGCACGUCCUCGGUGCAAGUGCGUCUUGGUGCAUUACGCGUGAUGCGUGAACUUUACGAGAAAUUGGGCGAAGCGUUCUCGGAUUUCUUUCCGGAGGCUGUGCCGCAUCUGGUUGAAUUAACGGAAGAUGACGACCAGCGAGUGGAAAUGUCUAAUGCAGAGUUGAUUCGUAUUAUUGAGAAACUUGUGGGGCAGUCGUUUGACGAUUUUCUCCAAUAG